AUGAGUGCGGAAUUGGCUAAUAUUCCGCCCAUCAGCAAGCAAAAAGUGCCUAAAGAAGUUCCUAAGCAAACUUCAGAAAAUGGAAAUCCUGCAUCCAAGGAUCCUGAUGGAUCUGAUGAGAAGAAGCUCUCAAAUAAGGAACUUAAAGACUUGAAGAAGAAGGAAAAGGCUGCAAAGAGGGCCGCCCAGAAACAAGCAAGUGGUAUCACGGUUGAACAACAAAAACAGCAAGCUCAGCUGAAAAAGGAGAAGAAACAACAACAGCGAGAACAACAGCUAUCUGGUAAUAAGAAAGGCAAGAACAACAAACCACCCACGUCAGAUAUUAGUAGGAAGUCAACACUAUUUGGACAUUUGGAAACUACAGAAGAAAGACGCGCAUCUUUACUUGCUGUUACAAGUGCCAUAUCCUCAGUUCGUUCUUCAAAAAUAACGGCUACCGGUUUAAUGAUACCUACGGUCUCUCAUAUGUUAUCUAGUAGCAUUCCAACGGUACCCCCUUCUGUGACUCAUUCAACGUCUUCGGCUGGCUCUCAAACAGCUGAUUCAACUGUUCAGGUGCUCACAAAUGUAUCUGUUGAUGAUGACUCGUCCUUUGUUCCUGGAACAUCGUCUGUGAUUUCAUUAGCAAUGGAAGAGAACUUCAAAAAUUCGCAAUUGGUCUCAUCUGUGAAGGAAUUAGUUGCCAAUAAGGACCUCCUGCACCCAACGGUUGCUUUAUUGACAUCGGAGUUUGCAUCUUACAAAAUUGUAGGAUCCAUCCCACGUUGUUUGGCUAUGAUGGAAGCGUUCCAAAUUGUAAUUAGAGACUAUAAAACUCCAGAAGGGACGACCUUAUCUAGGAAUCUAACAAGUUAUCUAUCCCAUCAAAUAGAUUUUUUGAAGAAAGCAAGACCGUUGAGUGUUACUAUGGGCAAUGCUAUUCGCUGGCUGAAACAGGAGAUAUCAUUAAUUGACCCAACCACAUCUGAUUUGAAAGCGAAGGACACUUUAUGCGAGAAGAUUGCUCAGUUCGCUUGUGAAAAAGUCGAACUAGCCGAUCAAUUAAUUUUAGAAAGCGCAUCUCAACAUAUUGACCACAAUAGCACCAUUUUGACGUAUGGUUGUUCUAAAGUUUUAACUGAUCUUUUUAUAUAUAAUUCUGUGGAGUUGAAGAAAAAUUUCCAAAUAGUAAUUGUAGACUCUAGACCAUUAUUUGAGGGCCGUAGAAUGGCGGAAAUACUAAGACGCAAGGGACUCAAUAUAACAUAUGUUUUGAUCACUAGUUUGGCAACAAUUUUUAACAUGGAUAUAAACUAUGUUUUCUUAGGGGCUCAUUCGAUCCUCUCCAAUGGAUUCUUGUACUCUAGAGUCGGUACUGCUAUGCUAGCGAUGAGCGCUAAAAGGAGAAAUAUUCCUGUAUUAGUCUUUUGUGAAUCCUUGAAGUUCUCACAGAGAGUGCAGCUAGAUAGCGUUACGUUUAACGAAUUGGCCGAUCCAAAUGCAUUGGUAGAAAUUAGCUCUGACAAUCCAGUUAAAAGACGUAGCAACAAAGGGUUUUUGUUGCAGCGGUUUGUUAAAGAGCGUAAAGAUUACAUGAAACAAAAAGAUGAACAGGAUACCAAACAAAAUAAUAGUAAUAAAACAAAGAUAGAAACCGAAGAGAGGAAGGACGAACCAGACAAACCAAUUCUAGCCGAUUGGCAAAAUCUUCCAAACUUGGAUAUUUUCAAUAUCAUGUAUGAUCUUACUCCUCCAGAAUAUAUCCAAAAAGUUAUUACGGAAUUUGGCGCAUUACCGCCAUCAUCGGUCCCUGUAAUCCUGCGUGAAUAUAAGGGAUCAGCAUAA